GCUAGGGUGGCGGUCACACUAACGGGACCAAAACCGACAUUUAGUAAAUAAUAUUAACUAAGUUAGCAGGUGACAAUGCUGCAGCAAAUAAAGAUGCUGGUUCUGGGCAUCAUCACGCUGUGCCGGCGUGCCUUGUGCUGCUUCUCCAGGCGCCGGAAGCUGAGCCACAGCGGCUCCUCCGGGAACGGUGACCAACUGCAGGCGGUGAACGUGAUUGUGGAGCGGGGAGAGUUCUCCGCCGCCUCCUCCUCCGCGGGAAAUCCCUCAGGUGGCCGGUCGGCGGGUCCCGGUCCAAGGGAUCGGGACUGGAACUCUUGGGACGACAGUCCGCGCACCGUGGAGGAGCACAUCGAGCAGUACCGCCAGCGAAUGGCCCAGCCACCCACUCCCCCAAAGGAGGAACCCGAACCGGACUUCUUCAGUGAGCUAACGCCCACCAUAAAGCCCCAGAUGAAGUUCUACCUGGAGGAUCCAAACGCGAGUGCUGCUGCCAACCAAGCAACGGACUUUUCAAGACUGCAGGCCCAGGACCUGGUGCCCAUUAGCGAUAACGCCGAUCUCGAGGACUGGGUGGAUGACAAUGCUGGCGGCUGGGAGGAGCUGGACACCUCCCAGACCAAGCAGAUCCUGCGGGAAAAGCGGCGCGAGUUGCGCCACCAGCGGCAGCCGGCCGCCCGCCCAGCCCCGCCCACCGUGGGCGCACAGCGGCUGACCGACGGACAACGUGCGGCGUAGUUGAGGCUGCAACACCACCAUCUCCUGCUCCUCCUCCUCCUCAUCAUCAUCCACUUUGACCACUCCACAACCAACCACUUGCAUUUUGUUUUCCUUUUCUUUUGUUCGAUUUAGUUGAUUGGCCACACGAAAUAAAUCUUGCCUUUCACUCGCA